AAAGGACUCGACCAGAACUCGACGAGGAAUCGACCUCCGAAAGGACUCGACCAGAACUCGACCAGGAAUCGACCUCCGAAAGGACUGGACCAGAACUUGACCAGGAAUCGACCUCCGAAAGGACUGGACCAGAACUUGACCAGGAAUUGACCUCCGAAAGGACUCGACCAGAACUUGACCAGGAAUUGACCUCCGAAAGGACUCGACCAGAACUCGACCAGGAAUCGACCUCCGAAAGGACUCGACCAGAACUCGACGAGGAAUCGACCUCCGAAAGGACUCGACCAGAACUCGACCAGGAAUCGACCUCCGAAAGGACUGGACCAGAACUUGACCAGGAAGCGAUCGCUUACCAGGUGACUAUAUUUGAUCUUGACGUGAAUUGUGUUAAUGAGAGCACGGGAGAAAACUGCACUGAUAACGGAAAUGUCAAUUCAACCAAGAACAAUGGACAGUCAGAUACCAUUGGUUCGAGUGACUUGCAACCGGAACACUUUCCCAUAACCACUGGAAAUCACACGACUCAGGACUUGGUCGCAAGUAACACUUCGAUUUGUAUGAAUUCUUCUGAAGUUCUAAUAUCGAAGAUCUAUCAGGACUCGAGCUACGCUUUGCUGCAAGUAAUUGUGGCAUGUUCUGAACUUGACUUGUCACAGCAAAGUGUGAGGUGCGAUAAUGUGAACAAUGGAGAAAACUGCAUCGACAAAGUUGAAGUUCAUUCCAAUAAUGGACAGUCCGCUAUCAUCCGUUUCAAUGAUCUAAGACCAGGACAGUUCUACAUGGUGACUAUCGCCGCUAAAAACACAAAGACUCAGGACUUAGUCGCAAAUUACACUGUGAUUUUUAUGGAUUCUUCCGUAGUUCGAAUUUCAACCAUCUACCAGGAUUCGAGUUCUGUUGUACUGCAAGCAAAUGUAAACUCAUCUGACCCUGACCUGUCAGUGCGAAGAGUGAGCUGUGUUAACAUGAACACUGGGGAAAACUGCAGCGAUAAUGUCGAUGUAUUUGACACCAAUAACAAUGGAAAGUCUGCUACCAUCGGUUUGAGCAAUUUGCAACCAGAAGAGCUUUACAAAGUGACCAUCACUGCUGGAAACAAAAAGAUUGAGGACUUGGUUGCAAACAAGACUUUGGUUUGUAUGGAACCUCGAAAAAACAUCGACUGGUUUUCUCAGUCACAAAUUGAUGGAACAAACUUGGAGUUGCCUGAUUCUGCUGAGAACUAUGAAAUCAGCUUGGUCCCAACAUUCUGCACUGACAACAAAACACUUGUUCAUUCUCACUGGGCUGCCCCUAUUAUCUACAACAUGGAGAAAGGAUGCGAGUAUAGAGUGCAUUACGCAGCUAGAUGUAAACUACCAACCGGGGGCUACCUUGUCUCACAAUUUGUCAUCUACAACGAAUCUUUCUGCACAGAGCCCGAACUGCCAAACGGCGUCAGCUCUAUGACAGGUGUUAAAGCAACGGGGACCACGCUAGAGAUAAGUGGCUUCGGAGUGCCGUCAGGGCCAUACAGUUACCUUGAGCUUAAGCCUCUUUAUGAUCAGGACUGUGGGAAACCAAUCAUCGGGAAUUUGACCAGAGGAGAGACUGAUCUCAAAAGGAAAGACUUGGUGCCCGGUUGUGAUUACCAUCUGAGAUAUUCUGCCGUGUGUCGCGCUGAUGCAGGCUUAGUUGAGUCAGCUGUAAACUAUUUGGACAUUUGCACAAUUCCCCAAGAAAUCGAUGUCUAAACUGUUUUCAGCAAACCAUAUAUCGACUCAAUUUCCUUAAACCCAUAUUAUCAACGCAUUAAAGCAGUAGAGGGCUAUGUGUACCGAUUCAAGGUCAAAUCAGUGACUCCUAAAGGGAAUUAUGACGUGAGUCCACCUCAGGAGUACGACGAUCGUCUGAAUGUGCAUCGAUUGUCACCUGCAACAAAGUACGAAUUCGAACUAGUAAAUCAAAAUUGGUGCAACCAAGAGUCGAAGCCGAGCGUCAAAUAUACAGUCUGCACUUUGCCUGCAGCUCCCAAGAAAUCUUCAAUUCAAGUCGAAUCCAAUUUGACGAGCCUGACUAUCAAAGGAACAGCAUCCAAUGUGCAGGCAAUCACCGGACACAUUGACGCAUACAGGAUCUA